CAGCUUUGUUGCAUUACAUUUACUUCACCAGCAGAUGGUGGUGUGCAUUUUCUGUUUGAAUGAAGCUUCGAGUAAUGAACCAUUUUCGACACAAUUGUAUCGGAAAGCAAUAAUGCUUCGAAACGCUUCAUUUGGCCAUCACUACAAAAAAGUCAUCUGUAGUCCACGAUCCACAUUGGAGAUGUUAUAUCUAACAUUUGAAGAGGUUUCUCAGCGGCUCCGGAGAGCUUAGCCGGCUGCUAUGCUACCCAAACAAACAAACAAACGCGCACGGAGGGGGCGUGGGCAUUUCUCUCCAUGCGCUUCUGUAGAUUUGCGCAGAAGUACACUUUACUGACGUAAGUUGAAUCCUUGUAAUCGUUUCAUGAUUGGUUACUUCCUCUGUCAAUCAAAGCUUUGCUCACUAUGCAUUGGCUGGCUUUGUUUUGGUGUAAUCCAGUCAAAAGCCUAUGGUGAGCUGAAGGACAUCUAUCUAGGCAAAUCAUUGAUCGCAUGAGAUUUUGAGUUGUCAAACCUUUUCUGAUUGGACAAAACAGAAAAAUAGGGCGGGAUAUUUAUCUGAACAGUCUAACGAAGCAGGAAGAGAUGGAUUUUCACUGAUAAAAAUCGAUAUUUGAUAGAAAAUAAACAUGAUCGAUCAUACUUAGCGGACGCGCGGAUGUAAACAAAGGAGGAUAUUGCUGGAUUUCUCACUAUUUUUCAUUGUUUUGGAUUAAAACGUGGGAUGCUUUUUGAAGAGUGGACCCUUACCUUGCAAUGUACAUUGAAGUUUUUGGGAAUUGUCAGAAAUUGUCAGAACCAUAUGGCAAGCCAUAGAAAAACCAACAGGAGAACAUUUUAUUCAACACCUCAGUGGCCUGCCAAAAAAGGUGUUACUUCGGAAGUCAUCAACGUCAGGAGUAUUAAUAUCAGCACAACCACAUCACGCUCAUAUUGUCUUUCAAACUAAAGUAAGACUUUUACAGACCCCUGAAGUGAUGAAGAAAAUGUUUCUCAUGUUUGUUUUUCUCUGUUUGUGCUCCUGCUGUCUGAUGGGUGAGUUAUACAUGAUUUAUGAUUUAUAGAUCAGAUUUACAUUUACUUCUGUUUCCAGAUGAAUGACUUUAAAUGUGUUUGUGUGUUCAGGUGUGUUUGGUGAUGAAGUGAAGUCAGUGUCAGUGAUGGAGGGAGAUUCUGUUACUCUACACACUCAUCUUACUGAAAUUAAGAGACGUGAUCUAAUUAUGUGGAGGUUUGUUGUAACUCAAGAGUCUCUUAUAGUUAAAAUCAAUAUAGGAGCUAAUAAGAUCUCAAUAUAUGAUGAUGUUCUUGAUGAGAGAUUCAGAGACAGACUGCAGGUGAAUAAUCAGACUGGAGAUCUCACCAUCACAAACAUCACAACUCAACACACUGGACUUUAUCAAAUAAUCAUCAGUGGCAAACAGAAGAUCUCAUCACACAGAUUCAAUGUUACUGUCUAUGCUCAUCUGCCCGUUCCUAAUAUCACCAGAGACUCUUCACAAAAUUCAAACUGUUCAUUAUUGUGUUCAGUGUUGAAUGUAAGAGAUGUGAGUCUGUCCUGGUAUAGAGGAAACAGUUUAUUGUCCAUCAUCAGUGUGUCUGAUCUCAACAUCAGACUCUCUCUAUCUCUGGAGGUUGAAUAUCAGGAUACAAACACAUACAGAUGUGUACUCAACAAUACCAUCACAAACCAAACUCAACAUCUCAACAUCAAGAAUCUCUGUCAGUCAUGUUCAGAUUGUGUUUGCUGUUGUCAUGUUUCUGAAGGUGUGAUCCGAUUGGUGGUCUCUGCUCUGGUGGGUGUGGCUACUGUUGCUGUUCUGGUUUAUGAGAUCAUGUCUAGCAGAUCAAAACUGAAGAAAAGAUCACCAUCAGACCGUCACUGAUCAACUGAACAUUCUCACAUUUAGGUGC